CGCCGCACGUGAUUGGAGCAACCUUGUCACGUGACCGGCUUUACAGCGGAGUUUCCACGACAGCUGGAAGCCGAGCGAGCGGCAAAGGACGCAUCGCUUCUUCUUUUCCUUCUUCUUCUUUUUCUCCUCCUUCGUCUUCUCCUUCUUCUUCUUCUCCUGGAAAGACUCGCCACCAACCAGGCUUCUGCUCGUCCCGCCAACCCUCCAGAGACACCCUGGUCUGGCAUGGGCGACAAGAGGAGUCCCACAAGGCCGAAGCGUCAACCGAAGCCCUCCUCCGACGAGGGGUGUUGGGACUGCAGCGUGUGCACGUACAAGAACACAGCAGAGGCUUUUAAGUGCAUGAUGUGUGAUGUCAGGAAAGGGACAUCAACAAGGAAACCACGCCCAGUCUCCCAGCUCGUCUCGCAACAGCAGGCCACUCAGCAGUUCGUGUUACCCUCGCAGCCCAAAAAGGAAAAGAAGGAGCGCGUGGAGCGAGAGAAGAGCGACAAGGAGCCGGCGCUCAAGAGGAACAGCCACAAGAAGAUGCGGCCCAGGUUAAAAAACAUCGACCGCAGCAGCGCCCAGCACCUGGAGGUGACGGUCGGCGACCUGACGGUCAUCAUCACGGACUUUAAGGAGAAGGCCAAGCCCCCGUCCACGUCGGCGUCCUCGUCCUCCAGCGCCGCCUCCGCCGCCGACCACCACAGCCAGAACGGCUCCAGCUCGGAAGCCACGGAGAAGGGGCUCUCUCGCUCGUCCUCGCCCCGCGGGGAGGGCAGCUCGGUGAACGGGGAGUCCCACUGAGUCCGUCCCCGCCUGAGCCGGACGACUCAGCGACACACUCGACACUACACACCUUGAGAGGAUCCCGACACGCGAUGCGAAGCUUCCUUAAAGACAGCGAGCAGCCUUUUUCACAGGACUGUGACACACGCUGAGACAAGCUUCGGACAGUGGGGACGCCUCAAGGGGACGCACCAGCUUUUCUUUUCUUUCGGGCUUGUUAUUGAUCGCAGCGUCCAGCCUUUCCCGUCAUCUUGUUUUUUUUCGGGGGACGAUCCCAGUGUCCAGCCUGUCCCGUCAUCUUGUUUUUCUUCGGGGGACGAUCGCAGCGUCCAGCCUUUCCCGUCAUCUUUUUUUUUUUCGGGGGACGAUCCCAGUGUCCAGCCUGUCCCGUCAUCUUGUUUUUCUUUGGGGGACGAUCGCAGUGUCCAGCUUGUCCCGUCAUCUUUUUUUUUUUCGGGGGACGAUCCCAGUGUCCAGCCUGUCCCGUCAUCUUGUUUUUUUUCGGGGGACGAUCGCAGUGUCCAGCUUGUCCCGUCAUCUUGUUUUUCUUCGGGGGACGAUCCCAGUGUCCAGCUUGUCCCGUCAUCUUGUUUUUCUUCGGGGGACGAUCCCAGUGUCCAGCUUGUCCCGUCAUCUUUUUUUUUUUCGGGGGACGAUCCCAGUGUCCAGCCUGUCCCGUCAUCUUGUUUUUCUUCGGGGGACGAUCGCAGUGUCCAGCUUGUCCCGUCAUCUUUUUUUUUUUCGGGGGACGAUCCCAGUGUCCAGCCUGUCCCGUCAUCUUUUUUUUUUUCGGGGGACGAUCCCAGUGUCCACCCUGUCCCGUCAUCUUGCUUUUUUUCGAGGGACGAUCCCAGCGUCCAGCCUGUCCCGUCAUCUUGUUUUUUUUUCGGGGGACAAUUCCAAAAAGACUGCAGAACAUUGCUCCGGUUUGUUCCGACAGUGUCCAGCUUGUCCCGUCAUCUUGUUUUUUUUCGGGGGACGAUCCCAGCGUCCAGCCUGUCCCGUCAUCUUGGUUUUUUUUCGGGGGACGAUCGCAGCGUCCAGCCUGUCCCGUCAUCUUGUUUCUUUUUUCGGGGGACAAUUCCAAAAAGACUGCAGAACAUUGCUCCGGUUUGUUCCGACAAGUUUUUUGGAUUAAAGCCCACUUUUAGGGAAGGUUUAGUAUAUUAUUGUAUAGGCUAAUACCAGUGUUUUUGUGUGUGUAGCUACGUGGAUUGAUUAUCUCUAAUAACACUAUUGAAUUAAGUGAUGGAAUUAAGAACUCGGAAUUACACUCAGGAUUGAUGCAAGCUUGUCUGUUUAAAAAAACAAAAAAAAAAACAUAUUUUCAUUCACUGCACAAACGACGACUCCAGCAAGACAGAUACCGGGGAUUUGAACUCUGUGGACCCCGUUCUGCAUACAGCACCACAACAGCGAAGACUCCUGCAUUCUUUCUAGCGAGCUUUAGGUGUGCAAAACUGAGCUAACUAACUACAAACACUGUUUCCAUUUGUGUUGGGAAAUUGUGUUAGAUGUAAAUAUAAACGGAAUACAAUGAUUUGCAAAUCCUUUUCAAUCCAUAUUCAGUUGAAUGCACUACUAAGACAAGAUAUUUGAUGUUAAAACUCAUAAACUUUUUUUUUUGCAAAUAAGUAACUUAGAAUGGCUGCAACACGUGCCAAAGUAGUUGGGAAAGGGCAUGUUCACCAAUGUGUUACAUCACCUUUUCUUUUAACAACACUCAAUAAACGUUUGGGAACUAAUUGUUGAAGCUUUGAAAGUGGAAUUCUUUCCCAUUCUUGUUUUAUGUAGAGUUUCAGUCGUUCAACAGUCCGGGGUCUCUGCUGUCGUAUUUUACGCUUCAUAAUGUGCCACACGAUGUCGAAUAUUUCCAAAAACAAUUUGAAAUGUGGACUCGUCAGACCACAGAACACUUUUCCACUUUGCAUCAGUCCAUCUUAGAUGAUCUCGGGCCCAGAGAAGCCGGCAGCGUUUCUGGAUGUUGUUGAUAAAUUCCUUUCGCUUUGCAUAGUACAGCUUUAACUUGCACUUACAGAUGUAGCGACACACUGUAUUUAGUGACAGUGGUUUUCUGAAGUCUUCCUGAGCCCAUGUGGUGAUAUCCAUUAGAGAUUUAUGUCUGUUUUGAUACAGUGCCAUCUGAGGGAUGGAAGAUCACGGUCACGGUUGGUUUCCGGCCAUGCCGCUUACGUGGAGUGAUUUCUCCAGAUUCUCUGAAACUUUGGAUGAUAUUAUGGAGCGUAGAUGUUGAAAUCCCUCAAUUUCUUGCAAUUGCACUUUGAGAAAGGUUGUUCUUAAACUGUUUGACUAUUUGCUCACGCAGUUGUGGACAAAGGGGUGUACCUCGCCCCAUCCUUUCUUGUGAAAGACUGAGCAUUUUUUGGGAAGCUGUUUUUAUAGCCAAUCAUGGAUCCCACCUGUUCCCAAUUAGCCUGCACACCUGUGGGAUGUUCCAAAUAAGUGUUUGAUGAGCAUUCCUCAACUUUGUCAGUAUUUAUUGCCACCUUUCCCAACUUCUUUGUCACGUGUUGCUGGCAUCAAAUUCUAAAGUUAAUGAUUGUUUGCAAAAAAAAAAAGUUUAUCAGUUUGAACAUCAAAUAUGUUGUCUUUGUAGCAUAUUCAACUGAAUAUGGCUUGAAAAGUAUUUGCAAAUCAUUGUAUUCUGUUUAUAUUUACAUCUAACACCAUUUCCCAACUCAUAUGGAAACGGGGUUCGUACGCCGCCACUCGCUAGAACCACACGGAUGAAUGGAUUUUCCCGGCAUAUUGUACUACCAUGUUUUGAUGUGGUUGUAUAAUCCAUCAUAUCAGUGUUACUACUAUUUUAUUUUGAAAUGACUUUUAGCGGAGAUGUGGCAGGGCAUGAUAACACGGUAAUAACGUGGGAUGUUAGUAGCUGGGACUAUGUGUGAACCGCCUAGAAACGUCUUCUUUGGGUGGAGAUGUGGAUACAUUCUCUUUUGCCAUGCUCAGUUCUUUUGAAACGUGUGUUUAUUACAUGUCUAUAUUAGAAAGUAACAAAAUUCAAACUUAUAUGCAGUUUUACUUGGAUUUCUUCUAUUAAACUGCCUUUAGUUAGUAGUUCAAGGGUUCUUAAAGGUGUUUGAUCUCAAAGCCCAACUUUUCCAUUACAAUGGGGCCACUUAAAUAUUAACAGUGAGUGAUUACUCCUACUCUCCAUUUUAAUCAUAUUCAAUAAUUAUAUCUUACACUUUAACAGAAUAAACUUUGCCACAAAAAAAUAUUAUCAAGGCUUAGGUCAGGCUGAUUACAAAAAUAAAUACCUAUCAAAUGUACUCCGAAUGAAGGGAAUCAUAAAAACGGUUGAAAGAACGAAUGUACAUUCAACUCCCCAGUGCUAAAAUAAAUUAAUUCUGAAUGAAUUAAUAAAUGAUGUGUUUCUUAAUCAAACUGUCAAGAAAAUUAAAAUGCAAAUGAAAAUACA